UAUCUGCACCUGGAUGCAUUUUGUUCCCAACAUCACCUUUGGUCACCCUGUGGUAGAAAGCCUCCAAAAGCAGCUAGGCCAGGACCCUUUCUUUGACAUGCACAUGAUGGUGUCCAGGCCGGAACAGUGGGUAAAACCAAUGGCUGUAGCAGGAGCCAAUCAAUAUACUUUUCAUCUUGAAGCUACUGAAAACCCGGGGGCUUUGAUCAAAGACAUUCGGGAGAAUGGAAUGAAGGUUGGCCUUGCUAUCAAACCAGGAACUACAGUUGAGUAUUUGGCACCAUGGGCUCAUCAGAUAGAUAUGGCCUUGGUUAUGACAGUGGAACCUGGGUUUCGAGGGCAGAAAUUCAUGGAAGAUAUGAUGCCAAAGGUUCACUGGUUGAGGACCCAGUUCCCAUCUUUGGACAUUGAGGUUGAUGGUGGAGUAGGUCCUGACACCAACCAUAAAUGUGCAGAGGCAGGAGCUAACAUGAUUGUAUCUGGCAGUGCCAUUAUGAGGAGUGAGGACCCCAGAUCUGUGAUCAACCUGUUAAGAAAUGUUUGCUCAGAAGCUGCUCAGAAACGUUCUCUCAAUCGAUGAAAGCACAAGGAGUCCAGUGUUUCUGCUUAUGAGAUCUCCUUUUUACUGGAAAACAAGAAUAUUGACUACCAAAUCAUACCACAGUUGAGGCAGUGCUGCUUUUCUGAGCAAUUAUUCAUUCCAGUGACUAAAAUCCAUUUGGCAGAAUGUUCC